UUAUUCAGCGGCAAAAACUGUGCAGAAUAAUACUAAUAGGGCAACAUAAUGUAGUGCUGCUGACUCAGCAUCCACACUAUAAAGCUAAUUCAUUGCGCAUGAAGGUAGGUCAAGGGGAGGACUUCAUUUUUAACAGAGUCAGAUUAGGACAUUCCUGUCAUGAUUCUGCCUCUUCUGCUUCCAGUAACAUGUUUUUAUUCUGACACCACUUCCUAUUUAAGGCUUCAUUCCAGCUAUGGACUCUUUACACUAAUCAGUGGUAAUUAUUUGCACCUGUCAACACCCCUUUAUAGGCAGCUUCCUCCAGAUUGUUCUAACUCAUGUUCAGACUUGCCACUGUUUUUCUUGUAUCUGUUAUUCCAGCUGUGACCCUGGAUUGCCUUGUGACCACUGAUUCCUGCUUAACCACUUAACUUAACUGUUUAAAACAAACAGAAUCAGAAGCUUCUGGUUGUUUUUUUGUGCAUCAAUUUAUGGACUUCCCUUACUGACCAUUCUUCUUGUGGAUACCUUGGAUGUUUAAAGUUGUGCUUGCCUCACAUGGCUCUGCUCCGGAGAUCUCCACUUCCAUGUUCACCACUCAGAACAACCAGAUUUUUCAGUUCUCACAGGGACAGUAAGUGCAGGGGGCUGUUACGGAAGACAUUUGUUGGCAUCUCUGUUGGUGUGCCUGUGGUGGUGGGGGUCCAGUACAUUGUGUCAGAACCCAGAGAGAGGAGGAAGAUGAGGAUAGUGAUUGAGGGAUUUGGUCGCUUCUGCAGAUCUCUCUCUGUAGGGAUCUUUAUAUCUGUGGAUUACUGGUGGACCAGCAAUGUGACUCUCCAUGGCCUGGAUGAGAACAGCCCAUUCUACUUGGCUGAGAUGUCAGCCUGUCACCAGAGGGCAGCAGAGUAUAUAGUGGAGGGGGCUGCAAGGAAUGGAGGACUAUACAUCAAACUCGGCCAAGGUCUGUGUUCCUUCAACCAUCUCCUACCCCCCGAGUACAUCCGCACCCUGCAAAUACUGGAGGACCAGGCCUUGAACAGGAGGUACAAAGAGGUGGAUGCGCUCUUCCUAGAAGACUUCAACAAGACCCCAGAGCAGCUUUUUAAAACAUUUGACUAUGAACCUAUAGCUGCUGCCAGCUUGGCACAGGUUCAUAAAGCAGAACUGUUGGAUGGGACUCCUGUUGCUGUUAAGGUGCAGUACAUUGACCUCCGGGAUCGAUUUAAUGGUGACAUUAGAACGCUGGAGAUCCUGCUGGAUAUCAUCAAGUUCAUCCACCCCAGCUUUGGGUUCCGAUGGGUUCUUAAUGACUUGAAGCACACGUUAGCUCAAGAGCUGGACUUUGAAAAUGAGGCCAGGAAUUCUGAGAGGUGUGCAGAGGAGUUGAAACACUUCACAUUUGUUGUUGUACCCAAAGUCUUCUGGGAGCAAACUAGUAAGAGAGUGCUCACAGCAGAGUUUUGCAAUGGCUGCAAGGUCAACAACGUGGACGGAAUAAAAAGCCAAGGAUUAAGCUUGAAAGAUACAGCAGAUAAACUGAUCCGAACAUUUGCUGAGCAGAUAUUCUACACUGGUUUCAUCCAUGCUGACCCUCAUCCUGGAAAUGUUCUAGUGAGACGAGGUCCUGAUAAAAAGGCAGAGCUGGUGCUAUUGGACCACGGCUUGUAUGAAUACCUCAGUCAACAAGAUCGAGAGGCCUUAUGUAAGCUGUGGCGGUCCAUAGUCUUGCGAGAUGAAGCUGCAAUGAAGAAGUACUCUAAUGCCCUUGGGGUCAAAGAGUACUUCCUCUUCUGUGAGAUGCUGCUGCAGCGACCCAUCAGCCUGCAGGACUUGGGUCUGUCUAACAUCCUGAGCAGAGAGGAGACGGCCUACAUGCGUGACAUGGCCAUCUACCACUUCGAAAGAAUCAUGGAGGUGCUCAAGUCCAUGCCCCGGCCCAUGCUGCUGGUUUUCCGGAACAUUAACACAGUUCGAAGCAUUAACAUCAAACUUGGAGCACCAGUGGACCGCUACUUUGUCAUGGCCAAGAGUGCGGUGCGAGGCUGGGGGAAGAUUCAGGCAGAGAAGGCAGGCAUGCUGCCCAGGCUCUGGGUUAUCAGCUGGGUUAGGACAACAUGGGAGAGUGUCAAGUUUGAGCUGGCUUUGAGAAUGGAGAUGGCGAUGAUGAGUCUGACACAUGCGUUCCUGAGCCUGCUGUCGUACUUUGGUCUUCUGUCUCUGGAUGCUGACAUGUACGAGUACCUGAGAUAGUGCACCACUUCCCACACUCUGCGGAAACAGAGAUUGAGGACCUUUUCCAGGCACAAGUUAAUCCAACAACAAAGAGCCUUUCCUUACUGGAGCAGGUCCAAGUACUGCUACUGUCAUAAGUGCUGCACCAAAUCACAUCGUCAACUGUGUCAGAAAUGACAUCUUCAAAAAGGGUGGACUUACUAUGUCUUGUGUGGUACCAAUCUUCUUGGCCAGCUCACUGCGCUCCAUUGUGCUGAGGUACAAGUACUUGUUGAGGA